AUGUUGGAUCCCCCAGACCUUAAUGACACUAAGGAAGUAUUUGUUGAAGAAACAAGUGAUGUUGUUCUGUCCUGUGAUGUCCGUGCCAACCCCCCUGUAAUUGUGACUUGGAAAAAGGAUGGUGAAGUUCUGGAUCUGAUCUCUGGUAGUUACAAAACAACCAAUAACGGCAUUACCGCUCUGUUAUUAAUCACAAAAGCUAAGCGCGAUGUACAUCAAGGAACGUACAUCUGCGAAGUAAACUCAUCUGUCUAUGGAAUUAUGGGCAGGACCUUUAUCGUUAUGGUUGAAGAUAAAGUGCUAAGGUUCCCUCUAGGACCCACAAUUGCUGGAGUGGUGGUGGUUUUAUGUACAAUUGUAUUUGCAAUUAUCUCUAGGAGGAAUACAAUUAUUAAGUGCAUCAAACCAAAUUGAACAUCUUCACAUGGAAUUGCAUCUCAGGAAUUCAAACCACAGCUAUUUGAGAUAUUGAGCAUUGAGAAGAUCAGACUGGAAUGCAAGUAACCAUUACUGGACUGGCAAAUGGGACACCACUCCUAAAUAUAAAUUAGUAAUUCAAAAACAAACAUCUCCUUUCAUUCCUGC